AUGGUCGUGUCUAAGUCAACAACAGGAUGUAUAUGUAACUAUAUCAAGGGCAUCGGGUGUUCGACGUCAAAAUGUGAGUGCUGCCGCUGGUGUUGUGAUAAAUGUAACACAUCUGGCCCGCGAAAAUGUGAAACGUGCGGAAAAAGUACAGGGACCGAUGACAAUACAGACGGUAAGAAAUGCACAAAUCUAUUGAAGUGCCGUUGUAAAACUUGUACUCCCCGGUCAGGCAUUGUCAUUUUCUUCGGCAUAAUCAUGGUCCUACUCGUUAUCGGCAUCAUCAUGUAUUUCCUGGCUUGGACCUCUAUUCCCGACUUCGAAACAUUCCGCAAUUACUGGAAAAACGGGAUGCCGUCGACGCACUUCAAGAAGUAA